UCAGCUUUCUGAAAGUGUCUCCAGACAGAAUGCAGGCUUGUGAAGUCGCUGCACUGAUAUUGCUGACUGUAGUGAGCUGCUCCAGACAGUAUGAAGAGCUGCCCCAGACUACACUCACCCUGGAGCCUCCAUUCCCAGAGAUAUUCACCGGGGAGACAGUCACUCUGAGGUGUGGGGUUGAGGGGGGUUCUGCUGGCUGGAAAUAUCUCUGGUACAAAGACAGUGAGGACACUCCGGUGCUCCAGACUGCUGGCCGCAGUAUAACUGGUGACAGCUACACAAUCACUGCAGCUGCUGUAUCUGACCAGGGCCAGUACUGCUGUCAAGGACAAAGAGGAGAUCAGCCACUCUACUCACAGCUCAGUGAUGAAGUGACAGUAACUGUGUCUGAGGGUCAUCCUCUUGCUGUCCUGACCCUGCAGCCUGCCUGGGCACAGAUAUUCACAGGAGAGACAGUCACCCUGAGCUGUGAGGUGGAGGGGGGCUCUGCUGGCUGGAGGUUUAAACAGUACAGAGAUGGACGUGAAGAGGCAGGGUGCAGUGAUCAAUACAGCAGUAGAUAUGGGGACAGCUGCACAAUCAGUUACGCUCAGAAUUCCCACAAUGGAGUGUACUGGUGUGAGUCUGCAUCAGGACAGGAGCGCAGUAAUGCUAUCAACUUAACUGUGUCAUAUAAACGAGUGAGCCUGCAGACUCCCCCCCAGCCUGUGUUUGAGGGAGACACUCUGACUCUGAGGUGUCUUAUCCGUGAUGGUUAUAAAGCUACCAGGGUUAUAUAUUAUAAAGAUAAUAAAGAGUUACAGUCCCAGGCUGACACAGAGCUGAGUGUGGAUCGUGUUUCAAAGAGUGACGAGGGGUCCUACAAGUGCACAGCGCAGUGGAGCUCCUCCACUUACUCUGGUGACUCUGCAGAGGUGCGGGUGACAGUGAGAGCUCUGUUCUCCAGGAUGACUCUGACAGCAUCUCCAGGAGCCACAGUGAAGGAGGGAGAGGCUCUUAACCUGACCUGUGAGGCAGCAGUGAACAAAACCCCCCGCCCUGAACUCCACUACACCAUUGUGAGAGACGGGGAGCCUGUGACUAACAGCACUGACUCUGCACUGUACAGCAUAGCCAGCACUGAGAAGAGCCACACUGGGAGCUACACGUGUGCUGUGGAGUCACAGGGAGUGAAGAAGAGCAGCCAGGAGCUACACAUUGAAGUGCAAACGUCCUGGCACAGCGCUGUUGCUAUUGGCUACAGAGUGAGCUUCACUCUGAUUCAUUUCAUUGUGUUUACUCUGCUGCUCCUUCAAUACUGCAGGAUCCAAGGUGAGACUCCCAGUCAGUGCACACAUUUCACCUGGCCUGUCACAGCACACAUGCAGGCUUCUUCUUAAACAGCACAGCCCAGUCUUAGGGAUAGUUCAUUAAGAAUCAUUAUUUCAUCAUUAAACAUGCACAGCUCAUUUACAAAAUACACAUUUUGCAAGUUUGUAUUUAUUUUUGUUAAGAAACAAACUGAACAGUCUGUAUAUAUUUUUCCAGGUUCCCUGUGUCUCGCUGGUGGUAAGUCAAGGAAAACCUCGGAUCAGGAGCAGUCAGCAGAGGGGAUUGAGCUCUCCAGCCGUGUGCAGCACACUGGAGUGGAACUGGAAUAGUGCUGCAUUACCAUAGACUGGAGUGGUACUGGAAUAGCGCUGCAUUACCAGAGACUGGAGUGGAACUGGAAUAGCGCUGCAUUACCAUAGACUGGAGUGGAACUGGAAUAGUGCUGCAUUACCAUA